UUAGCUGGUCGUCUGCUUUAGAGAAAAACAACAACUCUACUACCGCGGCUUUGUCGUACUGAUCACAACAUUACAGACAUUCCAGCUCCUAAAAUCGAAGUGCCAUCCUACGAGCCCAUAGAUUAUCAGUUGUAACGCCACGCCUCUCCCCCUGAAAAAAAUAAAACAUGAAUGAUAACAGUGCAAAGUACGAGCAGUACAACAGCGAUGAAGCAUGUAGCGAGCACCAACUUCUAACAUGCGAGACGAAGGAGUCUUACAUCCACGCCACGUGUGGCAACAAAAGGGAUUCGACUGUACAGCUAGACGAUGUUUUGUCAGAUCUGAAAUUUGGAUUUUUUCAGAUGAAAAUGCUGACUUUGGUAGGAGCAGGUUAUUUUGCAGUCUGUGCAGAAAUGAUGCUUUUUAUCUUCCUUAGCACUCCAGCUAAAAGAGAGUGGAAUCUGGUGGACUAUGAGUUUCCAUGGCUACCAUUUAGUACUGGGAUGGCAGGAAUAAUAGGAGGAUUUCUGUUUGGAACUUUGAGCGAUUGCAUUGGAAGACGUGUCCCCUUUAUAGUAGGGAUGACAUGUAUUGCGGUAUUUGGUGCAGUAUCAGCUUUUGCCAAUUCAUUCCCUUUGUUCAUUGUUUUUAGGUGUUUUGUUAAUUUUGGAAUAGCAGCAUUUGAAGCAACAGGCUUCGUUUUGCUGCUAGAAUUUUUACCUCGCCAAAAACGAGGGACUGUUAUGGUAGUUGUGACUUUGUGUGGAGCCUUUGGUGCAGUCUUGGCUGCUGGGUUGGCAUGGUUGCUGCUGGCACAGUUUGGCUGGCGGUGGUUUGUAGGAGCCUGCUCCUUACCGGCAUGGCUAGUGCUGAUAAUACUGAUCUUCGCUCAUGAUGAAACGCCACGUUUUCUUUUUUCCAGUGGUCGGUACCAAAGUGGCAUGGAGAUUUUGCUCAAGAUUGCACAGCAAAACCAGAAAACAUUGCCGGAAGGCACCAUAAUCUGCCCUUCAAGCAGUCAGCGUGGGAACCUAAAGCAGCUAUUUAGUCGCGAUAUGUGGCGUCGUACAAUAGUGGUCUCAAUGGUUUGGUUCCUGCAAGCUACAGGUUACUGGGGUGUAACUACUUACCUUCCUGAGUACAUGGCUUCUCAUGGUGUCAAUCCAUACUUUAACAUGUUCUCAGUCUUCAUUGGAGAAAUCCCGGGCCUUAUUCUAGCCAUGUUUCUUAUAGAAAAGAGACAGAUUGGUAGAAUAAAUUGUCUCAAAGUAUUUUCAGGCAUCACAUUUAUAUCCCUUCUUUUAUUUGGUUUUGUUCCACUUUAUGAACUGAAAACUGUAUUAGUUAUAAUGUGCUAUUUUAGUAUGGUGCCCAUCUACUCUGUCUUGAACACAUUCACACCUGAAGUGUAUCCCACUAAUAUCCGCAGCAUAGCAAUGGGCUGGGUGAAUGUGAUCAUCGAAUUUCCUGGGCUCAUUACACCAUUUGUAGGAGAAGUUCUGUUGUCCAGUACAAUUUCCUGGUUAUAUCCAGUGUGGGCAGCCAUAUUUAUACUUCAGUUUAUGAUUGUGUUUGGUUUAAAGAAGGAAACUGUGGGGCAAGAUCUGGUUGAUGCCACACAACACUUUGAACCAAAUAACAGUUCUGUGUCUUAGAAUUUUUUUCCACAUUUUUAUUUUGCUGUGAAAUUUAAUUCUUUAUGUUCUCUUCAGUCUUUUGUCAUUGUUACAACUUUUAUUUAGUAAAAGCACUAAGAACCUGCAAGAAAACAAACUUUCAUGUGUGCACUGUAGUGAUCUGCAAUUAUAUCUGUUAAAUGUUUUACCUGAGUAUCUAAGUAUCUGUAAGGUUUUUUUUUACUUUAGCUUCUUACUUUGAAGCAUUCUAUGACCGGGUUUAGCUAGCAUCCAUUUUAUUUGUGAGAUGAGAUCAAAAUCUUUAAACAUUUAUAUUCUCACCUGCUGCACUGAAAGGAGUAAAAAUUUGAACAGAGCAGUAAGAAAAAGUCACCAUGGAUAUGCUGAUACAGCAUUUGCUUCUAGCUCUCACAAUAACCGUGCAGAUCAUGCGAACAACUUCAAUGCCAAAAAGUUAUUUAACUAUAGAAUUUAAUGUUUUAAUUUGUAAUCUAAUAAUACCUCUCUUUAUAUGUAUCUCAAAAAAAGGAUCGAGAUUCUUAGAAUUUUACGUCUGUACUAAAAUAAUUAAAAACAUGCACAAUGAAUAUAACCAAAGGUAUCUAACUCUUCUUCAUUCAUCUACAGACUUAUGCAACAAUUCUGUACAUAGUUGUUUAAGCAUUUUCUUAAUUUCAUUUAAUCUAUUUAUUGAGACUGGCAAGUGUAUAGCUUUUAUUAUGUGAUAUUAGUAAUAAUCUGGAUUUACACUUUAUGUAUUUAUUCAUCAAAACAGCACAAAGAACAAGAUUUUUAUCUGCUAAAAUUUAAGUAAAUAUUGUUGAUCUUGCACCUUUGCUUUUAUCUUGCCUUAUAGCUUUCUUUAGAAAAAGUUUAUUCAAAUUUAUUAUCCAAAACAGCACAGAAUAAAAAUUUGCUCAGGAUCAGCUUUUACUGUGUCAUAUAUGUAUAUAGGUCUUGAUAUUUAAGUUUGAAGCCGUAUAAGUCAUAAUAUGGAAGGAAACUGGGUUGUCAAAGAGACAAGUUUUGUGUAUGUGAAUGCAUGUACGUGAGCAUGAAUACAAGUUUGUUGGAGAUGAAUGUGUGCAGUUGGGAAGGGUAGUGUGUAGAUUGUGAAGUUAUCCAUGACGUACUGCUCCCAAAACUGCACCAACAUCUCUAUAAAGCAGUUAGAUUUAUUUAUCAUAGGCGAUUUCACAAAGAAUCUGGACACCUCAUGCAUUUAGAGACCAGUAAUAAGAUGUGAACAGGGAUAAUCACUGCCUUAAUAAUGUGUAAAGAAAAGGUCAUGCAUUAAUGGAAGGCUUUAUUCUCUCUUCUCCCAGUGGCCAAAUAAUUGUUUACAUGAUGCAAAGAAAUCUAGCAGUAGCAUGUUCUCUUCUCUCUGUAAUAUAUACUUGAAAGCAAAGGCAUUUAUCAACCUUCUGGAGUCAUGAUUGCUAAACAAAACAGAUUUUCUUUACAUUCCAGAUCAAUCCAAGUAUGUCUCCCACAUUUAACCAGCCUACUCCCUCUUUCCAGGUAAAAGUCACAUACAUUCAUGAUAAAAUGCUGUAGCUGCCUGUCAAAGCAUGCUAUGCCACAAACAGAUGAGAAUAAAUGGAUGAAAAAAUGUAGGACAUUCACCUCUUCAAAGAUCAUCCAACAAAUCUACAAUGAUUCUACCAGAGAUCAAACCCAUGACUACUUAAGCUAUAUUUAGAACCAGAAUUGUAAUGCAUGGAACAGCAAUAGUCUAACUUGCCAAAAACUAUUAUUAUUGCCAUUGGUAAUGCAUCAUGAAAAUGAUGGUUAAGUGACACAAAAAUAUAACUGGUAUAAUUAUCAGCAAAAACAAUAACAGAAAACACAGAUAAAGCAAACAUUGUCCAAGAAUAAAACCCAGACUGGACACAAUGCAUGAUGAUCAAGCAUUCAUCUCAUUAUGGGACAAAUGUUUCAACUAAAAACUACUCUCUUAUAGGUUCCCCAAAAGUUGCUACACAUUGUCAAAACACCAAUGCAUGCAAUAGAAGCAGUAAAGUAUAAAUAGAUCAGGCCAUAAUCACUUGCCUAAGCCUUUUUAGGACUUUCUUAUUAUAGUUCACACUUGCAUGUAUCUCAUUUCUUAACGGUGAUGUGGCCAAUGCUCUGGGUGGCAUUGAGGUAGGCUCAAUAAGGUUAAAGAUUAAAGCUUUUUUCUAUAAAGUUGACAAGAGUAUGUUUCUACCACUAACAUCAAAAUUUAAUUUGAGGUUUUUUCUUACAACAAUUUUGAAGUAAACAUUUUAUUGUAAGAAAUCUCUCAACUGUACAGAUAAAUUCCCCAACCCAAAAGAAACAAGCCCUGUCCACGGAUUCAAUGAUUUAAAAUUAUCGAAUUGAAAAAAACAUAAGUUAUUUUAUCACCUCUGGUAGAAUACAAUCAUAUAAAACAAUCAUGCACAAUAUUUGUCUUGCCACAGACAUUUACAUACAUAUAUACACAGGCACAUACAUCUCAACUCAUUAUCUUGCCAAUGCCACCUCUUCCCACAAUAAUCACAAAAAACAAAGUCACCCCUAUGUGUGGAUCAUAUACCCUUUUUAUGUUGUCACCCUUGCCUCUUGCCCAAUAUUUGUGUUGGGAUGGAUGGUGGCAAGAUAACAAGCUAGGACUAUAUGUAUAAAAUGCAAGACUAUCUAUAUAAAAUGCUCUUCGACUCAAGCUACUAACAAAAUCAUUAACCGGCGUAUACAUAUAUAAAAACAAUGCCAGAAUAUGCGUAACUUCGCAAACUCUACACUGCUCCACAAACUUUGUAAAAUAAUAAUAAUAUAAUA